UUUAACUAUCUGGAGACUAUUAACAUGGUGGUGAACAAUCCUAACAACUGGCACUGGGUCGAUAAGAAUUGCUUAUCGUGGUCCAGUGACUACUUCAAAGAUACUCUUGUGGGGCUCAAGGCCGAAAAAGACUCACAAACCGUCAAGAUCUCGGCCGUUUCGUCUGUGGAAGGUGAUUGUGAGGUUUCUCAAAGGAAAGGUAAGGUGAUCUCGUUGUUUGACAUGAAGUUAGUAUUAAAAUUCGAUGGCUUUACCGACACUGCUGAUAAGUCCAGCGAUGUGUCGGGGUCCAUUACCGUGCCCGAAUUGGCUUACGACACUGAGGAACACGAUCUUCAGUUCGAUGUUAGCAUCUAUAAUGAAACCAAUACCAAGGAUGCCAUCCGUGCUUUGAUCAGGACCCAACUCUUGCCUCAGUUGCGCCAGGUAUUGGGAGGUUUUGGUGGAGUUUUGAUCAAAACCAAUAGCUCUGACAUCCAGUUGGAGUCAGACAAGGUCAACUCGGUGUUCACCAAGUCCAACCAAGAAGCUCACACGGCGGUCCAAAAAGCUCCUAAGGAAAACCAGAGCGUUAAAAAGAACAUCAAAAAGGAGACCAUUUCCUCAAGUGCUGCUCCCAAAGCUACCUCUUCUCAUAUCCCCAAGUACAAUACUUCCACCUUACAUCUUGAACCUUCGUUCAACACCACAGCCGAGCAGUUGUUCUUGACUUUAUUGGACCCCCAACGUAUCGCUGCCUGGUCCCGGUCUCCACCCUUGAUCGAGCCCACACCGGCGGCGGUAGGGUCUAUAAUGAAACUCUUUGGAGGCUCCAUCACCUCCAAAAUCACCAAGCUUGUUCCUAACGAACAGAUUGUCCAAGACUGGAGACUUGAGGACUGGAAAGAUGGCCACUUUGCUCACUUGAACAUCUCGUUGAACCAAGGAUCAUCCGAAACCAAGAUGGUUGUCAAGUUCGAUGGGAUUCCUGUGGGGGAAGAAGACCGCGUCCGGGGAAAUUUUGAAGACUACUAUAUCCGUAGUAUAAAGAUCACCUUUGGAUUUGGUGCCGUGUUGUAAGCAUGUUGGUAUAUAGUUGUAGAUAGACAAAAUGGGUGAUUUAAUAUAUAAAGCCGUUGU